UCCGGCCUUAUCAUUCAUUCUUGAUGUUGAUGAUCACAACUGGGAAACAUAUUUCAACACUGACGAACUUGAGGAGCUGCGCACUUUUGGCGAUCCAAUCAUCAGGGAGCUUCCAUCCGAGCUUAAAACAAAGUUCUUCGAGAUGGAAAGUUUGAAGACGGCGUUGGAAGCAUAUCAGUUCGGCCAAGGUAUACACCACCACCCAAUCGAGCAACCACUCCUCGCCUGGCUCUCGCAAACCCUCAUGAACACGGCCAAAUUUUUCAUACCAGGUGCAAAAACCAACACCAAAGGCUUUCUCGAAACCGAUCGGCUCUACUACUUGUGGAGUUUGGUAAACACCAUUUACCAUCAUUCAGCGGUCGAAGCAUUGGGGUAAGUGAAUGGUGUACUUUGAUACCAGGGCGAAUAACAGAGAUAUGAUUACGGUAUUGAUAAGGGCUUCUAUUUUUCUAGAUAUGGAAAAAGCCAGCGUCUCCAAUGCAGCAGCAUUCCCCUUGUCCGUACCAGUUCUAAGUUGGUUGUCACGUAGCAACCGGAUGAUGCCCCAGAGGUCUCUACCAGCCAUCCGAUCCAACCGAAGCCAGACCAGUCAGCCAGCAAAUUCCAAGCGCAAGCUUUCUGCUGUCGACGAGAUUGAGCGCGAAAAAAUAGGAAGAAGACUCGACACCAUCUACGUUGCGAGCAAUCUUGAAUUUGGUGGCCUAGAAGCAGCAGCGAAUCGGGAUAACUCGAAGGAGUUUCACGACGCAAAGUUGAAGUUACCAAUGGUCCUGAGAGACAUGUUAUCCGCAAUUGUCCGCAACGGCAUCACUAUGAUGGAUAUGAAUAUGCCGAAGGGAUAUGUUACAAGAGUGCGACCUCCUAUAUCCAACAGUGACGAUUACACCGGGCGCGUGCUAUCUCUGCUGGAGCUUGCUGCCAAUGCUAAGACGAUUGUUGAUGAUACUGUGAAUCUGUGUACGAAUACGCGAGUAGGCAUGUCAGUUUCUGGGGCCGGUUCAACUCUUGUCCCUCCAUCAUUCAUUGCUACCGCCGCUCAAGAAUCGCCGUCUACAACAGCGUCAAAAAUUUC